AUGGACAAUCUAAUGGUGUUCAGGCCACCUGAACACUUUGAAUUUCCACCACCCGAUUAUGACUCGAAAAGCCAACUCUUCACCUUAUGUGUCCAUUUUAGGGGACAUUUCCAUACUAAUGGUGGGGAAAAGAAGUACAUCGGUGGGGAAGCUUACAAGUUCGACUUCGUCCAAGAAGGUGUGAUGUCUUUAGAAGCACUUCACAGGCUGGCAGUUAGAGAGAAAAUGGAGGGGACCAUUACUUACUGGGGAAAAACAGAGUGCCUCACAUGUGAUGAAGACUGUAAUGAUUGGGAGAUAGAUGAUGAAUCAUUGGCAAAUUAUGACUAUGAGGCUGAGUUGGGAGUUAAGGCUAGUGGGCAGUGUGAAAGAAAGGAUUUUGAAGCUGAGGUGGGAGUUAAGGCUGGUGGGCAGCUAGAACCUGAUGAGGUUGUGCCAAAAGAAAAGAAGAGGAGGAAAAGGCAGAAAUGUGUUAAUCCCCACAAGAUUCCAAGGCAAAAGAGUGUGAUCACUUGUAGUAACUGUGGUGCAAAGGGUCAUAACAAAAAUCAUUGCAAAAGCACAUCCUUAGGUGUAAUGUCUAGCCAAACUGAAUUUGCUAGUCAGCUCACUCAAGAGGAUUAUCUUCCUCCUACUCCACAGUCAAGCACUCAAGAAGAAGCUAUUCUCCCUCCAACUCCACAGGUUCCUAAGACCUCAAUUCCCAAUCCUAAGAAGCCAUCUAAGAAGCCAUCAAAUCCAAAUCAACAUAUUGCUAUCCAGGAUGGUGCAUUGCAUGAGGCUAUACAGGAACAACCUCCAACCAUAUGGGACCAACUUCAGUUCCAACAGAACAAUGAGCCUGGUGGAUCUUCAACAUAUAACAUGAAGCCCUGGAAAUAUGUCACAUUUUUAGACUUGAAUGCAUGUCUUGCUAAACAAAGUACAAAAAUGGGUAUCCUUCUCUUCACGAAGGUUCCGAAUGACAUAUGCAGUACGUCGAGGAAUUGGGGGAUCUUCCCAAGCAAAAAAGUCCACACCUUCGAUUUCUUAUUACAUCGACAAUUCGGGAAAACCCUGGAGUUACUGAUCGACGAGGACAUG